GCCAGCAAGGGGCGCAGCGGCUGGGUGCGCAGCUGCUCCGAGUUUCAGCUGAAGGCGUACCGCCUGCGCAAGCGGCUGAAGCCGUUCAUGGACGCCGUGAAGUGGACGAUGUUGGGCCUCGCCCUCUUCGAGACCCCGUCCUGGUGCCUGUUCAACGACGAAGAGUGCUUCGGGACCCACAAGGAGAGCCUCUUCGCCUCCGGGGCGCCGCAGAUGCCGCUGGCGGUCUCCAACAUGCUGCAGCUGGGCUGCCUGCUCUGCUUCGUGGCCUACCUGGUGGUCCGGCGCUGGUCGCUGGGCGAGGCC